AUGCCGCCGCCGUCGGUGGCGCGGCAGGUGGCGGAGAUUGCGGCGGAGCCCGACCGCGCGGCCGCGUACGCGCGCCUCCUCCACCUGCAGCGCGCGUGCGCCGAUGACCCCUCCGCCGCGGCCGACCUCGCGGCGGCCUCCCCCUCCGCCCUGCUCCCGCUCCUCCUCCGCGACGCCGCCGAAGAUGACGAGGCCGUAGCCGCCUCCGCACUAAAGUGCCUCGGCUUCGCGCUCUACCACCCCGUCCUCGUCUCCACCAUCUCAGGACAGUUGGCUCAAUUGGUAUUGGCUACUUUGGUUCGGCUGAUCAUGACCACCAAGAUGAAGGCUAUUUGUAAUCUUGCAGUCUGGUGCAUUUCUGUUCAACAAUUGGAGGCUUCGGUGGUAGAGGAUGGAGUAACUCCCUUGCUCAAUGCUAUUGUUUAUGCCCUUGACAAUCCAUUUGGUUCUUUGUCUACAACAUUUGAGGCUGUUCAGGCUACCAUGAAACUUGCUAGUCAAUAUCCAAAAGGAAUGAGAGACCAAUCAAGCAUAUGGGUUCCCCCAAUAUACCGAAGACUCUUAAGUGCUGACAAGCCGGAAAGGGAUAUGUCUGAAAGAUGCCUCAUUAAGGUGUCAUCAGUUAUUUUACCUCCUCAAUCUCCUCUUUCCAAGGAAGUAGCUUUGGACCUUGAGCAAAAGCUACUCUCUUCUGUGCUUGAUAUGCUCAAUGACCCUUCAAAGAAAAUUCAAGCAGUAAAGUCAUGGGGAUGGUUCAUAUCCUUACUUGGCGCACGUGCAGCGAGCACUAGACCUCUACUUAACAAAAUGCUUAAGGUCCCUGAGCAAUUAUUUACUGAUCCUGAUCCUCAAGUUCAGAUAACCACAAUGGUUACCUGGACAAAUUUGGUGGAUGCAUUUUUUGGGCCACAGGCUUUAGAAAAUAUGGAUCAGGGGACAGUGAUGUCUCCUAUUGAACCCAGAGCACAUGCUAGUGCUCAGAUGAAAAAGAUAAGGCUAAUUAUGAUGCCUUUAUGUGGAGUUCUGUCAAGAAGUCAUAAUAUUGCUUUAAGUUCCUCCUGCUUGAGCACAUGGCAUUACCUUUUAUAUAAGCUUGGUGAUUCGAUUAACCAUUUAUCCAUUCUAGAGGCUGCUUUUGGGCCAGUACUCAAGAUAAUUUUCUCCACUAGACUUGAUAAUCAGAACAAGCCACUGUGGUCAUUUUGCAUCAAUCUGUUUCAUGACUUUAUUUCAGUAAGAGUUAGGCAUUUGAUCUCACCCGAAGAUAAUGUGUGUGUUCCACUGAAUCAGAACUUGCUAUCCCAAACUUGUACGCAUCUCAAGGUCUUGUUUGAUGUUCAUCAAAUCAAAUGGUUACCAUGGGAUGUUAACAGCUUUGAUUUUCAGUUGGAGAUCCUUGGCUCAAUUGUGAAUCCAGAACUACUUCAUAACAUGACUGCUGACAUGGCCGUAACUAUUAUGGACUCCACAACACAAACUUUCAGGUUGCUUCUACAGGGAGUUCGAGUUCAGUGUAACUCAAAGCUUGCUGAUGACAAUGCCAUGAUAUGCAUUACUAAGGCAUGCAAGUUUGUAAAGGAGGUGUUUCUGGAUAUGGUAGGAAAGCAAAAGAGUAACAGUUCCACACUGUUGGUACAGUUUUGUCUUCAGUUUGUGAAGUGUACUGUAGAGGAACUGGAUAAUUCUCUGUUGGCUUCUGGAAAGUAUGAGUUAUGCUUAGACAUCGAACAAAUAAAGGAGAUUGAAUAUGCAGAAUGCAGUCCGAAGCUAUCUCAUCCAAGAAUCAGGCCACUUGCUUACCUGGAGUUGGUUUCUCCAGCAGUUUACUUGACUGCACUAUCUCUGUCAAUCGUAGCUCAGUUUACUGGAGAAUUGUCACCUGGAGAUGCCGAGCAAUUGGCUUCAAUUAUCUGUCCACCUGAUCUACUGGGGAACUUUCAUGUUGUCGUUGCUUUUUUGUAUAUGCAGAUCAUGCGUCCAGUAGAUAGUCGGCUAAGAAUAAAAUGGUUGGUGGUGUGGAACAAAGUGUCAAAGCGCUUGAAUGAGCAAAUGAUGUCUUACUUGAAGGUUGGCUGUGGUGCAAGUGGCCAUGAUGUACUCUGUCAGUUCUUCUGUUACCCAUUUUUUGCUCUUGUAUCCCCUGGGAGUAUAUCUGCUCAUUGGAAUGCUGAAAAUAGUUCCGAAGGUUACCUUAACAUGACACAAGACUUGGAGGUGGAGCUGGUUAUCGAGGUUUAUCGAUCCUUUUGUACAAACUCCAGUUAUUGUUCAGAGCCUGCUUACAUGGUUUUCCUAGAGCACUUUUUUGAAUAUUUGAUCCACAUAAUUGAUGAAAACAUGUCCCCAAUCCAAGCCAAUCUCAAGUAUUGCUUAGAGAAGAAGUUUAAAAACAUUACUAUCCUAUCUGUUCUUGGCAACGUAGUUAUUGGACUACUAGAGAAUGCCCAAAUUUUUACCUAUGCUAACAAAGAGAUAGAAGUAACGACAAAUGAGGAGCCUGCUGGAUCCAAAGGACCUAACCUUAUGUUGACUUGCUUGAAGCUUGGUAACAGGUUUAUGAAGCUAUCAGGUCUUGCUUUCAAAGAAAAUCCAGCUGCACGACACCAAGUCACAAGCAGGUAUUUCUCAUCUUUAUCUGAUUUUGUUGGACAUCUUACAUCGAUGAAAGACAUUCUUCUACUCUUUGAGAUAAUUGGGGAUCAAUUUACUGAAUGGCUCACCUUAUCUAGCACAUCGUGCGGCAUAAUACAUCAAGGAGAAACCAUUGACCAGCUUGAGAAACUCUGGCUCAACACUGUCACGUGCCUGACGACGAGCCGACUCAUCAGCGACUGCUCCUUCCUUGGAAAGCAUCAUCUGCUUCUCCAAGUGGCGGUUGACCACCCACACGGCCCCAUUUCAGCUGCAACCACGGCAAUCCGGAGAUCACCAGGAUCCAGCAACGCAGGCUUGCGGCACGCUGGACGUCGGUCAGUUUCCAAGGCAGAUGAGCUGUCUCUAGACAGAUCAGGGAAGGAUCAUAACUGUGCUAGCGACGCCGAGAGGGCCUUCGUGCUCGAAGAACUCAACAUCUCGAGGAUGUCCGUGGCGCCAAUGUUGUUGGGUAGAGGAACCGGCACGUCAAACACGACUGAUCGCGCCCCGAAGAACCGUGAGUCGCUCAGGGUCUCUGCCGGUCUGGGGAGGAAGAGGCUGAAGAUUAUGAGGUACUCAGGCAAGGGGAAGGGACCCGGCAAAGUCACCGACGCCUCCUUCUCGCCGGGCUGGGCGGAAGGUGAAGUUUGCAGGAAACCAGAACUUAUAUUGGAAAUGCUCAAGAGGAAGAGAUAG